CGUCAAAAAUUACUCAUAUCCCAAAAGGCAGCGCAAAAAAAAUUCUCUACGAAGCAACAUUUUUGUUGUAAUAAGAGAAUGUCGUCUGAAACAGAACAACAAAUGCCUAAUAUUCCUCAGAAUGAAAAUGAACCUGAGGACAACAAAUCACAGGGCACAUUUAAAGUUCCAGAACAAAAGGCCCAGAUAGAUAUUGAGAGAGAACAGGAGGCAAAAUUAAAAGCUAAAUAUGGAUUGAGGAAACCAGGUGGUGGGUCAGCUUUAUUGCAGAAAAGGCUCCAGAAAGGGGCCAAGUAUUUUGACUCCGGUGACUACAACAUGGCCAAAGCCAAAAUGAAUAAUCCGAAACAUCCACUACAACCAAAAGAGAAGCUCCUACUGCAAGAGUCAAUAGGGGGUGCCAUUCCAACGCCAUCAGAAGUGGAACACAUGCGACGACCCUCGCAGCAAGCCAGUAAUCUUGUGAUAGAGGGCGAGGGCGGACAUCCCCUGCACCUCGGCACUAUCGAACAUUAAAAUAUAUUUGAACUGUUGAACUGAACUGUUGAGUAUUGAUAGAAAUGCAUCAAGUUAAACUGCCCAUAACAGUAUCAUUCAAAGUUUGAAUAUUUCUGUUAUAGUAUGUUGGAAGUUACUUGAAAUUAUAUCAAAUAAAUUUUCCAGGUAUAUACAGCAUUUUCACAGUUUUGGAAAUUUAGAAAAUAUUCAUGUUCCAGGGGUUUUAAAAAGUCAUUUCAUUUGAAAGAAUUAGAUAAGAACAGAAAUUUGAAGAUAAAUGAUGAAAUCAAGAGGAUGCCUGCUUUGAUAGAUUUUUUGUAGUGGCCAUAACGAUACAAACGAGUAGAUUUUCUAGCUGAUUGGAUUCAUUUUUACGAGUGUUUACCAAUGCCAGAACAUUGAAUUAGAGACUGACUCAUCAAAUAAAGGUACAAGAUGAAAAAUAGAUGUGUUAUGGGAGUUACUUGUAAGAUUUUGGUCACCGCAAUUUAGAAUUUUUUUAUGAUACAGAUAUUUCAUUCGGGAUAUUUUCAUACUUUAGGUUAAUUUGUUGAUGUUUGACACUGAACAGUUUCCAAAGAAACGGUCUUAGAGGAAAGACCUUUUUCUAUAAUUUGGAAUAUUCAGGGCAUCUUUGUUCUCGUACUUGUUGUAAAAUGAGUAUUUUUAUCAGGUUUGGCAUUAUUGGGAUUUUGUAAUUUUGUUCUAUGAUGUUGUUAAAUGAAUUUGAUCUGUAAUAAGUGGAGAAAGAAGGAAUUUUGAUGUUUCCGCAGAAAAAGCUAACAUGUGAUAAAAAGAAUAUUACAUUUUGUGUCUUUCCAUAAUGAAUUUAAUAAACUGUUUGAAAAGAAAAAAAAAAGAUAAAAGAGGCACGCACAGCCCCACAUUUUAUUAUAUUAUUCAACUUGUUUUGUUUUAAUAAGACAGGUUUAAUAUCCUCUGUAUAUGAAAGAUCCUCAGUCAUUGCAUGAAAUGUUAAAAUUGUUUUAUCAGGAAUUUUGUCACGUUUAUUUACGCAAUAGUUACUGCAUAAUUAAUGGUGACCCUAGAUGCUUGCCUUCCCAGCUAGUGAGUUAUACAUUCAUACAGAAAAUACAAAGGAUAGGUUUGGUGUAAUGUUGCAAUUUCUUUUUUAAUGUAUUCCCUUUUCAUUUAAUUAACAUUGUUUUCUAUAGUACGUGUCAUAAAAUCUACCAUUAGCAUAUAAUCAUUUGAAUAUAUAUAUAAUUAUGUAGAUAAAUUGUUAAUUCCAAAAGUUUGCCCCGAUUAUAUCCUUUGGUUUAUUUUAUUGAUAUUAGAAUGCUGUAUGCAUGUUUACAUUAGAUGUGAAUUGUAUUACUAGAAUUUUCACGGCAGUUAUAUUUGAGUAUAAGUUUUGCCCUAAAAUUAAAGUUUAAUCGUUUUUUGUAAUCGACCGAUUGGAAAAUAUAAUGAAUUCUGUUACACAUCAGGGAUGGAUGUUUAGUAAUAUGUUAUGUGUACAUAGUUGAAUGAUUUUACAAAAAGUAACUCAUCUUAAACUCUAUUUGAUAUUAAUAUUUGCAUUUAAUGAAUUAAAAAAAAAUCCUUUUUCGUGAUUUUGUAAAUCUAUAAAUAGCCCAGAUGAUGAUACAAUUCUCUUGUUUCUAAAAUAAGACUCUUCUGCUGAUGUAAUCUUUAUAAAUUAUCUCAUUGAUCAUGUACUCACCAAAAGUUUAAAAUAGGUUACGUACAUUAAGCACAUAUAAAUUUGAUUCAGUUCUAUGACAAGAAAUUUUUCUUUACUAAGGAAAAAUGAUAUAUAAUAGCGCCAUUCCAAGAUCUGGAGUCUCUUGUGAUUUGGGGUUGACAAUUUGUGUGUAGAAAAGAAUUUGGAAGCAAUGCCUUAAGCCCUCAACAGAUGAUAGGUUUUAGUUGUACAACAGCAAUUAAAUUUAAGAUGUACUGCAAAAUAUUAUGUGUACGCUGCUAUGCCUUGAUUUUGUAGAUCUUAAGUCUUGACUUACAGAUUAGGACAUGUUCCAUUUCGUAAGUUUUGCCUUACGUACCACCCACGUUGACAAGCAACAAAUUGGUAAAUAAUUAGUUGAUAAGAGGCAAGUGAAUAAAAUUCCAGAAAUAGUUGCCCAAAAAAUAAACACAAGUCUGAAAAUAAAAUGGCUUCAAAUGCAUAAUGGAAAAAGGAUGACACUGAAAAGUUAAAUAAUUUGAGCGGAGCCAUGAGAAAACCAGCAUAGAGUGCGUUUGCUACCAGUAUCCUUGCAGUCUGGUCCAUACUGUCCGCUAAAGGUUUCUCUAAUUGAAAUAGGCUUUGAAAGUAAACAUUGUGGAUCCUGACCAGACUGCACGGGUGUGCAGGCUGGUCUGGAUCUAUGCUGGUCACAAAGAUAAAUCUUUAAAAAACCUUUUUAAAAAAACAAGAUUAAAUGACCACUAAUAUGUAGCUUUUAUGCUUGCACAUAGCUUUGGAUAUAAAAUCACUGAAUCAUAUAGGAUAUCAAAUCAUAAUCCUAGAAGUUUUGUAUCUCUAGUGUUACACAGAAAUGAAUUAACUCUGUAUGUAUUGCACGCUGGUUGUUUCCUAUUCGUUGUUUUAUUUUUCUUACUCAUCGUUUUCAUAUACUGACUGUAGUGCUGUUAAUUGUGGCAGAGUUUAUUAAGCAAUUCAUUAUAAUGUGUACGAUAUUUUUUUAAUAAGUAGAUCUACAGUAGAAAUCACUUUCUUAAAAAAAAUACUGCUCUGGCCGUAUGAAGAUAUUUAUUUUGUUUUUGCAUAUACUUUGAAAAGUAGAGUCGUAAAAUAGUAAUAAUAAUGUACGAAAUAAAUAUACUUGUAUUGGAAAUGAUAUCCAUUAAAACAUAAAUACAUGUAUUAUUAUUUAUGGACGUAUUAGCAGCCUGUUGCGUCAUUUGGCUGGAAGUAUAUUCUGAAUCGUUUCUGAGUAAUGUCACCUCAGUGCAAAAAGUGGAUAACUGCAUUGAUUUAAAGAAGGACUUAUUGACUUUUUGCACUAAGGUGACGAUUUCUGCAUUUGUGUCGAGAAAUACCAACCUGAAAUGAAUAUGACACAAUUUUCUUAGUAAGAAACAAUUGAAGUUGUAUGUAUACUGACAGUUAUUGUGCUGAGUCACUCAGUUGCAUUUUUUAAAGGGACUCGCUUCCAGGAUUGUAAACUAUGGUGGUUUUUAAAAGGGAUAAAAUUGCUUCUGCUACGCAUUUAAAGUCACCAAUGAGGAUACUGGUUUACAGUACAGUUGUUUUUUUUUCUGUACCAUAUAAAGUACAUGUAAAUAACCACUAUUUUACAUCAUAAUUUACUGCAGGGCUAAAUUACUGUUAAAAGGAGGAAAUUUUCCGUGCAUUUUAGUUGUUCAUAACUGCAUUUUUAAAGCAAAUAUGAAAGUCUGAAAUGGCUUAUAUCACUUAGGGUGGCACUGUUCUUUCUCAGUUUCUAAGAUCAAAGUUGUUUUUUUUCAUUUUUGACAUGAAUUUGGAGUCUAGUCCCUUUAAAAUUUUGAGCAAUGUUGAAGUGUUGCUAUUAUAUUGCUGUAUACAACAUUAUUUAAUCUGUUUAAAUUAUUGCCUGUUUCAACUCUACAGAUUGACUAUCCAUCAAUACAGCUGUACGUGGAGAAAGAUUAGUCAAUUAUUUGAUUACAAUGUAAUUUCAUUAUUGUUGUCAUUACUACGAUCAUAAAAUUGUUGUCACAAACUC